UUUAGAUGCAACACGCGCGGAAUUUGCCAAGAAGUUCCUCCUUCAUGCAACGCUGUAUCCACUUCUUUAAACUUAUACAAGGAGCUCCAUCAUCAUCCACAAUCCAUCUACAAUUAGUUAUACUUUACAUUCAAAAUGACUUCUUCCAUUGCACCAUCGGGAGUCCUCUCCUCUCCUUCCUCCUCCAAUUCCUCUUCUAUAACCUCUCAAUGGAGUUACGAUGUAUUCUUGAGCUUUCGAGGUGAAGAUACCCGCAAUAAUUUUAUUGUUCAUCUCUAUAAAGAUUUGCAUCAAAAUGGAAUCAACACUUAUAUGGAUAACGAGGAGUUGAGAAGAGGUGAAAAAAUUUCACUUGCACUUCAGAAGGCCAUUGAAGAGUCAAACAUUUCAAUCAUUGUAUUUUCUGAAAACUAUGCAUCAUCUACGUGGUGUUUGGAUGAGCUAAUGAAGAUCCUAGAGUGUAAAGGAUCAAAGCAACAUAAAGUUUUACCAGUAUUUUACAAAGUUGAGCCAUCGACAGUACGACACCAAAAAAGUAGUUUUAAAGAAGCGUUGGCUAGACAUGAAGAAAAAUUCAAGGAUGAUGCUAAAGUUCAGAGGUGGAAGACUGCCUUAAAACAAGCUGCUGAUCUAUCUGGUUUGCAUUUAAAGAUCAACGAGAACGAAUCUGAAUUUAUUCAGAAGAUUGUUCAAGAGGUCUCAAGAGUAGUACUAAAUCGUACAUAUUUGCAUGUUGCUGAGUAUCCAGUGGGAAUAAACUCUCGUGUAGAAGAUAUUAAUAUGCUAUUAUGUAUUAAGGAGAACGACAAACGCAUGAUAGGGAUUUUCGGUAUUGGUGGAAUUGGUAAAACAACUAUUGUAAAAGAGAUGUAUAACCGCAUUACUGAUCAGUUUGAAGGCAGCUGUUUUCUUGCAAAUGUUAGAGAAUCUUCAAAACAAGAUCAAGGUGGUCUCGUGAAGUUGCAACAGACAAUUCUUUAUGAAAUUCUUAAAGAUUCAAGUUUGAAAGUUGGUAAUGUUGAUCGAGGAAUCAAUUUGAUAAAGAAGAAAUUUUGCUGUAAAAAAAUUCUUCUGAUUCUUGAUGAUGUUGAUCAUUUGGACCAAUUAGAAAAAUUGUGUGGAAGAUGCGAUUGGUUUGGUUCUGGGAGUCGAAUCAUCAUAACAACAAGGGAUGUGGGUUUACUAACUAAGCAUCAUGUUCAUUUCAAAUAUCGUAUGAAGGAAAUGGAUCACCAUGAAGCUCUUCAGCUAUUUAGCCAGCAUGCUUUUAAAAGUCACAAACCUGAUGAAGCUUUUGCAAAUGUCAUAAAACUUGCAUUCAAGUAUGCUGGCAGCCUUCCACUUGCUUUAAAAGUGAUAGGCUCAAAUCUAUAUGGAGAAGAUAUACAUUAUUGGAAAAGCGAAUUGGAAAAGUACAAAAGAAUUCCAGAAGAAAAUAUUCACGAAAAACUCAAAAUAAGUUACGAUGGAUUAGAUUAUCAUACAAAAAAGAUUUUCCUUGAUAUUGCAUGUUUCUUCAAAGGAGACGAGAGAGAAUAUGUCACUAAAAUACUCGACAGUUGUGGUUUCUUUGCCUAUGCCGGUAUCAAAAAGCUCAAUGAUAAAUGUCUCAUAACGAUUGAUCAACAUAAUGAUGACCAAUACUUGUGGAUGCAUGACUUACUAGAAGAUAUGGGUAAAGAAAUUGUUCGACAAGAAUCACCGGAAGAACCUGGCAAGCGCAGUAGAUUAUACUUUCAUGAAGACAUUCGUGAAAUAUUUGAAAAGAAUAAGGGAACAGAGAAAAUUGAAGGCAUAUUGAUAGAUCUGCCUCAGGAGGACUGCAAGACACAAUUCAGUACUAAGGCAUUUGCAACAUUGAAAAACCUCAGAAUAUUUAUAAAUUGUAAUGCAAGUUUUCGUGGCAGAUUGAAGUAUCUCUCUAAUCAGUUAAGAGUUCUCGUUUGGCCUCUAUGCCCUUUGGAGUUUUUGCCAUCUUAUUUUCAUGGAGAGAAACUUAUUGUUUUAAAUAUUAGAAGAAGCAAUAUCAGAGAUCUAGGCACGGGAUUGCAAUCUAAGGACUUAACAAGUAUAGAUCUCAGUGGAUCUAAAUACUUGACAAAAAUAUCGGAUCUUUCAAGUUGCUCAAAUCUAAAGAAGUUGAUUCUUGAUGAAUGUAAAAAUUUAGUUGAGGUUCAUGAUUCUGUUGGAUUUUUGGAUAAGCUUGUUGAAUUGAAAUUUGAACAAUGUUCGAGCCUAAAGAAUUUGCCAAGAAGCUUCAACUUGAGAUCUCUAAAAUUACUUAAACUUGGAGGUUGUAGAAGCCUUGAAAACUUUCCAGAAAUUGAGUGUGAAAUGGAACAUUUGAAAUAUGUCAUAUUAGAAAGCACCGUAAUACAGGAGCUACCUUUAUCCAUUACAUAUUUCGCUGGGCUUGAGGAGUUAUUAAUAUUUUGGAAAAGAGGUGGGGCAUAA